UUCGACAUAUGGGGGCGUAAACGGUCCCAUCGGAUAAAAUCAAAAAAGACAAUGGAAAACCCGCAAACAAAAGCAAGGAAAAAAGAAAAAGAAAAAAGAAAACAACCAAACCCCAACGACGGGAGAAACAGCAGCAGCCCUCCGUCUUCCAGCCGCAGCCGCAGCCACCACCACCGGCCGAGCCUCACCAGCAACCUCCUCCUCCUCUACUUCUUCUUCUUCUUCUCAGCGACCUCCUUCCUCUCCCUCUCUCUGCCCCGCAACCUCUCUCUUCCUCCGAGCCCGCCGUGAGCUACUCCUUCCACUUUCUCCUCUCUCCCUCUCCCUCACAGCCCAGCUGCCCCCUCCACGGUGAGUUCCACCUCCAACUCGCCUGUCCAUCGCUUCUUCCUCCGUGAGCUCCACCGCCGUGACCUCCUUUUCAGCCUCUCCCGGUGCUGGCUAGCCACUUGCCGAGGCCCGGCCGAGUCCCUCACGGUUGUUUCACCUUCACCACCUCGGCCAGCUCACUGUUGGGCUCUUCCCGGCAUUCCAUCCUCCCGGAAUUGGCACGAGCAUAAGUGGAAAGGCUCGGCCUUCAUUCCAACCUUAGCUAAGGAGAAGGCAUCUUAUUGAGAAGAUCUAUGCUUUUAUUUGCUUGGCAAAAGUGCUCUUCAGAAGCCCCCUGAAGUCUGAGAGACUUCUAUAUGAUGGAAGAUAUGAUUAUGCCUGUGUGAGUUCCAUACAACCUCGUCAGUUGUAGUCAAACCCAUACAUUAAAUGGCACUUUCUGUGCCCUUCUCCUCUCAUAGAGGGGGCCUCACUUUUGGACUCAAACCCAAUCUAGUUCCUGCAUUAUCUCCUUUCGAAGUUCCCGGUGCAUAUGGAACUUCUAGUAGAAAAAUAAAGAGUCCAUCUCUGUCUUCUCCUGUUACCUGUUCCGCACACAAGAUUGUCCGAGAUCGUUCCUUGGACAGGCAUGUGGUGAGACAAAACCAGAUCCGCUUUGUACAAAAACUAAAAACUCUACUCCUCUCAAAACCUAAACACUACAUCCCUCUCCACAUUCUCUCAAAAUGCCAUUCCUACCUCGGUCUCUCAAAGCCACGUUCCAUUCUCUCUAUGAUCCAUCGUUAUCCCAUGAUCUUUGAGCUAUUUACGAUCCCAAUGCCUCCAACUCCAUUCAAUGCCACUAAACCAUGCUUCCAGCUCUGUGUGCGUCUAACCCCAGCUGCAUCAGCCCUCGCUGUCCGAGAGUCCAAUCUCAAAUCCGCCAUUUCUGUCCACUUGGCUUCAAAGCUCCAGAAACUUCUCAUGCUUUCUUCUCAUCGUCGCCUCCUCCUCUCGAAAUUGGUCCACCUUGGCCCCGAUUUGGGGCUUCCCCCAAAUUUUCGCUCCCGACUUUGCAACGACCACCCAGAAAAAUUCAAGACUGUCAACACAUCCUAUGGCCGUGCCCUUGAGCUUGUCUCAUGGGACCAGGAACUUGCUCAGCCUUUAACUUUCUUUAAGGAUGAUUCCCAUGACCUCAUUGUUGAUAGACCCCUGAAGUUCAAGCGGAUAAAGCUCCGCAAAGGGUUGAACUUGAAGCGGUUCCACGAGGCCUUCCUAAUCAAGUUUAACGAACUGCCAGGUAUAUGCCCUUAUACAGUGCCUUCCGAAGAACUGGCUAAAGAGUCUAUGGAAGCGGAAAAGAGAGCUUGUGCGGUGGUAAGAGAAGUGUUGGGCAUGACUGUUGAAAGGAGGACUUUGAUAGAUCACUUGACCCAUUUCAGGAAGGAUUUCGGGCUGCCCAAUAAGAUGAGAUCGAUGAUCAUAAGGCACCCGGAACUGUUUUACGUGAGCGUGAAAGGGCAGAGGGACUCAGUAUUCUUGGUAGAGAGCUAUAACGGGAAGGGCGAGCUUUUGGAGAGGGACCCGUCGUUAGUGUUUAAAGAUGAGUUGAUGAUGCUCGUCAGGGAAGGGAAAAAACUGAGAAGAGAGAAGAGAAAGGGACGACUUAGCUACAGUACCAUUGGCGAGUCGACGACUUAUGUUGCGGAAGAUGAUGAGGAGCAGCUGAGCUAUACUGAAGAAGAUUAUGAUGAUGGGUUCGAGAAUUUAUUUGAUUCGGUUGAUUCUGAUAUAGAGGAGGAUUAUGGAGAUGCCGAUUAUGGUGAAAAUGAUGAGCACCUAGAAGUAGGGUCAAGAGGAGAGUUUUGGAUUGCAGUAUGUGAUUCUGCCCCUAGCGGUGCAGGCAGCCAUCUCGAGUCAUGGUAGGGAUUACUAGUCGACCUUGACAGCAGUGUACAUAUAUAUGUUCCGAAUUAAUAAUACUAGUAAUAAUUUGAGAAAACAAUCAAUAUGGUCCUAAAAAAUCAUAUUGCUAUCAAUAUGGUCCUUCAAAGAUUUUUGCCAUCAAUAUGGUCUUUCAAAGACCAUUCCAUCCA